AUGCUAGAGGCUCUCAAUAGAGAAGCCCAACAUGCUACUAUCGCCAAGUUCAUUCAAAAUGAACUUGACGCUGAACGCGAGAAAGUAGCCUUGCUUCACCAACAAGGUUCUCAACUAUCAUCGUUGGUGGGAGAACAGGGUGCUCAACAGUUUGAACUGUUGAGACAGCAGCAGGCUGCUGGUGGUGGGUCGAUGCACUCGCGUCGACCCGAAACGUUGAAGAUUGUCUCCAAGUAUAGGGGAGUCGAAGAUGACUCCCUCUUGAGAUGGUUCGUCGAAUUGGAUGAAGCCAUAAGGGCGCGUCGCAUCGACGAUGGGGAAAUGCAAGUUGCAUUUGCCCAGUCAAAUCUGGCAGGACGUGCCAAGACUUGGGCACUGGGGCUCAAGUUGCACGACCCAUAUGCGUUUGGGUCGUUGGAAGUCUUCAAGUCGCGGCUCAGACAAACGUUUGAACCGCCUAGAGCUGAGUUCAGAGCUCGAAAUGAACUCUUGAAGCUCAAACAAGAUAAGCGUGAUGUGCACGCUUACGCGCGAUAUAUACGACAUCUCACGAGCUGUAUAAGUUCCAAUCCGGUGGAUGAACACACGUUGGUUUCGGUGUUCAGGCAGGGUCUUGCGGAUGGUCCCGUCAAGACUCACCUGUUCCGGCUUGAACUAGAUUCACUAGAACAAGCCAUUUCCAUUGCGGAACAGGAAGACUUCAGUCUGAGACAGGCUCGCGCCAGCUCGACAUCAUAUCGUCAACCGAGACGAUAUGACAGCGGAGGUUCAGAGCCGAUGGAACUCUGUUAUGUAGAGAGCGAGAAGGCUCGCUCUACAGACUACAAGAAGUUGCAGAAAUGCAACAGAUGUCAGAAGCCAGGACACUACGCUUACGAGUGUAGUGCCCCUCGUCCAGUGUCUCGCAACACUGGGCGUAGUGACCGUCCACCCAUGAGAAAGGGGCAGGGACGCGGCUCCGCUGUUGGUGCAAAGACGCAACAACGGGAUGGACCGUAA